CCUCCUCCCACCCUUCACCGCUGCCGCUGCUGCUUACUGCUGCACUGACCGCAGCGUCCGCGCCUCAGGGUUACUGACUUAUUCUUGAGACGCCUCUCUCUCAUCUGUCCUCAUGGAUGAACUUCAGGAUGUUCAACUCACAGAGAUCAAGCCACUUCUAAAUGAUAAGAAUGGUACACGAAACUUCCAGGACUUUGACUGUCAGGAACAUGACAUAGAAACAACUCAUGGUAUGGUCCAUGUCACUAUAAGAGGUUUACCAAAGGGAAACAGACCAGUCAUCCUGACCUAUCAUGACAUUGGGCUGAACCAUAAAUCUUGUUUCAACACGUUCUUUAACUUUGAAGAUAUGCAAGAGAUCACCCAGCACUUUGCUGUCUGUCAUGUGGAUGCCCCAGGCCAGCAGGAAGGUGCACCCUCUUUUCCAACAGGGUACCAGUAUCCCACAAUGGAUGAGCUGGCUGAAAUGCUGCUUCCUGUUCUUACCCACUUAAGUCUGAAAAGCAUCAUUGGGAUUGGAGUUGGAGCUGGAGCCUACAUCCUCAGCAGAUUUGCACUCAAUCAUCCUGAGUUAGUAGAAGGCCUUGUGCUCAUUAACGUUGACCCAUGUGCUAAAGGCUGGAUUGACUGGGCAGCUUCCAAACUCUCAGGUUUGACAACCAAUGUUGUGGAUAUUAUUUUGGCUCAUCACUUUGGGCAGGAAGAAUUGCAGGCCAACCUGGACUUGAUUCAAACAUACAGACUACAUAUUGCCCAAGAUAUCAACCAAGAAAACCUACAGCUCUUCCUGGGUUCCUAUAAUGGACGCAGAGACCUAGAGAUUGAAAGACCCAUACUGGGCCAAAAUGAUAACAGAUUAAAAACAUUAAAGUGUUCUACUUUAUUGGUGGUAGGAGACAAUUCACCUGCUGUUGAGGCUGUGGUUGAAUGCAAUUCUCGUCUCAACCCUAUAAAUACAACUUUGCUAAAGAUGGCAGACUGUGGGGGACUGCCCCAAGUAGUUCAGCCCGGGAAGCUCACCGAGGCCUUCAAGUACUUUUUGCAGGGAAUGGGCUACAUACCAUCUGCCAGCAUGACCCGGCUUGCCCGAUCCCGAACCCACUCAACCUCGAGUAGCAUUGGCUCUGGAGAAAGUCCCUUCAGCCGGUCUGUCACCAGCAAUCAGUCAGAUGGAACUCAAGAAUCCUGUGAGUCCCCUGAUGCCCUGGACAGACACCAGACCAUGGAGGUGUCCUGCUAAGCAGUUGCUCCUCCCCGGACCAUGCAAGUCUACCCUUCUUCAGACGACACUCCAUAAUAUAACAUUUCAUCCCGUAAACUGGCCUCCUCUAUCUUUAACUCAUGCAUGGCCACUGAACCUCUCCUAGUAAUCUGGAUUUAUCAUUCUCUGCCCACCUACCCUUUUUUUGUAUCUUCCAAGAACCACAUUCAUGCCAUUACUGUAACAUUCCAGCAUCUUUAGCUGAUCUGAUCUCCACAUCUUCUCUUGCCAGCUUUUUCCUAUGUUCCCCUAACGAUGUAUCUGAUAAGAUUCUUCUAUCCCAACUCCAUGUGUGUGCGAGCACGUAUGUCUGUGUUUGUGUGUGCAUAGUUCUGUGAUUUUAGACAUGCUUCCUUGUGGCGCUUCUGCAAAAAAAGAAAAAGGGACUUUUUUUUUUGCAUUCCCAAUGGUGUUUUUGAGGAAAACGUGCAGAACAGAUAUUUAAGUGGGGAAAGCCACUAGAUUCUCAUCUGGUUCCAAAUUGGUCAACAAGAUUUGCAGAGUGAUUUCUGAAGAGAGCAGCUCUGAGGAAUGUGGAAAAGCAUAAUUACUGUUUGUACCAGUGAUUGAUUGUGACCAAUGGUAGAAGUGUUGCCUGUCACAUAGAGAGGUAGGCAAAGGGGCCAGCCACCUCCCUUUGUCCAAGUGGAUUCACAUAUGCAUCCUAUAAAGAAAAGGGAGGGAUAUAUCCUACUAGGAGCCCAUGAACAAUGAGGUUCUAAUACAACAGGGAGUUUACUCCAAAGCAGUGGCUUAAUUACUAGAUCUUAGCACAGAAAGGUGGAAAACAAAAUGCCAGGCCUCCGCUCUGCUGUCGCUGAGCAUCUGUUACCAUUUAUCAGACAUCUACACAUCUACAAGAAGUGCCUCCCAAGUCUGUGGUGGAGAGUGGUUCUCCAUUCCUCAGUCCCAAAAAAGGGAGAGGUAUGGCCGAAAAAUAUGGUGAGGACAUGAAAGGGGCAAGAGCAAUGGCCAUUAACACAAUUUCAUGUUGAGUAACUGUAGCCAUGAUUUAAGCAGACUCAUGGAAGCCAAACUAAAUGGAUAUAGAACCCACUUCUGAGAAAGAUUCUUAAUCCUAUGAACUCCCUUUUUAUAGAGGGGGGAGGGGCCAGUCUGUAAGGGCAGUCACAUCCAGGUAAAAUUGUAGCCUCCAUCUGCUGUCAGCAAGGGGGUCACUGCUGGGAGGAGGGUGAGAUAACUGUGGAAAUCCAUGCCAUAAACAGGAUCCCAGCUCUCAGAAGCAGGAGAUGCAAGCUCAGGGUUACACAGUUCCGAAUCUUGAGAAGAGACUUUUCAGACACAUUGUUUGCUUUCUGCCAAGAUAAGGAAUGCAUCACUCUGCCAGAGUACAACUUUUUACAAAUUAUUAAAUAAAGCUGUAUAUGUCUCAUUGUUACCUGA